UCGUUCGUUUGAGACAUUUGUCAAACCCGUUCUUGCUUCGGAAGUCAACUCACACCAAUCUGCAAGAGGCUGAAAGAAACUGACCAUCAUGCUGUACCAAUUGCUACUAGUAAUAGUAGGUAUUUCAUAUGUGAACAGCUAUAACUAUGAAUGUACAUAUAAUGGAAAGUCGUAUAAGGGAAUCUUUAUGAUCGACUGCAACACGUGUGCAUGUGACAAAAAUGGUAACGCAGUUUGUUCAAAUUUACGUUGUGACUAUGGGCAGCGACUUUCAUGUACCUAUCAAGGUAGACGUUACAGAGUAGGACAGACAUUCCAGCAGUCCUGUAAUACAUGUGUAUGCAAAAACGAUGGCCAGAUACAAUGUAGCAACAAAGACUGUACUAAACGAUGUACGUAUAAAGGAAAGCAGUACCAAGAAGGUGAAGAAUUCCAAGACAACUGUAAUAGAUGUAAAUGUCUUUCUUCUGGAUAUGCUCAGUGUACCAAUAAUGUGUGUCAGUGCCAGUAUAAUGGUAAAGUCUACAAUGUUGGAGUGAAUUUCAAUGAUGGCUGUAAGACUUGCACUUGUCAAACUUCAGGAAUAGUGCAGUGUAACAGCGAUAGAUGUGGAUGUUAUCAUAAAAACGUACGAUAUCAAAACGGCCAAACUUUCACUGAUGAUUGUAAUACAUGCGAAUGUUUAAGUAACGGUCAGGUUAAAUGUACAAAGAACAUUUGUAAGUGUUACUUCAGAGGAAAAGUAUUAAAUGUGGGCCAGAAAUUUGAAGGGGAUUGUAACACUUGCUAUUGUAGAGGCAACGGUCAGUUAGAAUGUACAAAGAAAAUCUGUCAAUGUACUUACCAAGGACAGACUUAUCGAGUUGGACAAACAUUUAGUAAUGAUUGUAACCAAUGUGAAUGUUUACGAAGCGGUAUUGUGCAGUGCUCUAACAAACCGUGUAAAUGUAUAUACAAUGGAAACACCUACAAAAUUGGUACUACAUUUAGAAAAGACUGUAAUACGUGCACAUGCAAAGCUGAUGGUAGUGUAGACUGCACGACAAAUCAAUGUACCUGUACUUACAAAACCAGAGUUUAUAAUUUCGGAGAACAAUUCAGCGAUGAUUGCAAUACUUGUAAAUGUGAACAUAACGGACAAGUUGAGUGCACAAACAAACUCUGCCAAUGUACACACAAAGGACAAACUUAUAGAAUUGGUGACAGAUUUUCAGAAGAUUGCAACGAAUGCAAAUGUCUAGCAAGCGGGUACGUUCAAUGUACAACCAAAGUUUGCAAAUGUACUUACAACAACCAGAUUUAUAAUGUAGGUCAAACAUUUAGAAAGGGCUGUAAUACAUGUACGUGCGAAACGAACGGUAGAGUAAGCUGUACAAAU